CCGCGGCGCUUUGCGGCAGCGCGACCCGGGCGCGGCGGCGGCGGCGGCGGCGAAACGGGAGAACGGGAGCCCGAGAGACGCGGAGCGGGAUGAGCUUCUACGACAUGUUCCGUGGCUUCUUCGGGUUCCCGGGGCGUGGCAGGCCCCGGGACCCGCUGUUCGGCGGCGCGGCGUGGGACGACGASGAGGAGGAGGAGGAUGGCGGCCCGUCCAUGGCGCAGCCCCCCGAGUAUUUCGGCUUCGGAUUCCGCCCUGGCUCGUCCCGCGGCGCCUUCGAGGAGCUGUUCCGAGACAUGGGCGAGCUCCUGGGCGUCCUCGGGGGGUCCUGGGCCGAGCUCCAACARCCUUUUGAGCCCGCCCUGCCCGGCCCCGGUGAAGGCAGCGCAGGGCGCCCGUUGCGGGACUCCAUGCUGAAGCACCCGGAGAGCCCCCCUGCCAGCGCGGCCCCGGSGAGCCCUGGAGUCUCCAGCGACUCGACCCAGCCCUGGAGACCCUUCCUGGCGCUGGAAGAUGCUCCCCCGGCUCCUGGCCUCAAGGAAGACCAAGACCUGGACUCGCAGGUCUCCUCCGUGGGGCUGGGGACCAUCCUGAGACCUGAUGAGCCCAAGUCCCACUCUUACUUCAAGAGCAUCUCUGUCACCAAAGUGACGCUCCCGGAUGGGGCGGUGGAGGAGCGCCGCACCGUGCAGGACAGCCAGGGCCACCGGGAGACCACGGUGACRCGCCGCAGGGGAGACCAGGCCUUCAUCACCACCACCAAGGAGGAUGGAGAGAACAAGGACUAUCGGGAGGAGGUGGUCAACAUGGAUGACCGGGAGUUGGCACAGUUUGCUGGUACAUGGCCGCAGCAAGACAAGCUUCGUGUUCCCAACCUGAGUGACCCCUCAUCUACGCUGAGCAACUUCAUCCGCCACUGGUUCUCCAGCUGGUAGCUGUGCCCAGUCCUGACAGAGCAGCCCAUAUGUGUGACAGGUGCAGGCUCUGGGGUCYUGGGCUUGCCUGGGCUGUAGGAGCAGGCAGUGGGCAGCAGUCUCUUCUCACCACCUGGUUUUGUUGUAGAUGGGUCAGAUCCUGCUGGGAAGUGGUGCCUGGGCUGGAGGCUGCCUACUUUCUGCAGUGCUGCAGAGACCCCUCUGGGGGCCAAGUGUAUGUGUGUACA